AAAAUAAAAUAAAAAUAAAACAUAAGUAAGAUCUAGUACUAGCUUCUACACACUUCUACUAUAUUCUAGGUAAUAUGGUCCUCUAGUUAUGUGUGUUGUAGUGGUUUCCAGAGUAUUCUAGUAUAAGUUGUAACUAGGAUAUUUGUAGUUCUUUCCCUAGCUUAUGUAGUGUUCUCUAGAACACUCUAGUUGUAAGUAGAGCUAAGUAGUGAAGGCUCAUGCAGCCUAUAAAUAGAGGUCCAACCUCUACCUAUGUAAUCGGACUAUGUACCCCUACCUAUCAAAUAAAUGGAACCUUGUGUUCUGUCUUAAGAUCUUGGACUAGAUCUUGUGUGUUGAGAGUUUCGGAUUGAACUCUUGACAACCCCGCCCCUAGAGCGAUAUCUAGCCUACACCCCUAGAGCGAUAUCUAGCGCAGCACGUUGAAGCGGUUCCUUCAACAUUUAUGCUGUCCACAUUGUAGCAACACGGUGGAGCUGUUCCUCCACAACCUUGUGCUGCUUCAGGUGGUAUCAGAGCCUUGCUGAUCCGAUCCAGCUGUUGGUCUCCUCAUUGAGAGCUGCACCAAGCAAUGGAGGAAUUGGGGAAAAGAGUGGAUGUUGUAGAUCAACAAAUCCAAGCGCUCUGUGAAGACCUUAACCGCAAAUUUGAUCAGCUAGUUGAGAUGGUAAGAAAGGGUGUUCCUCCUGUUGCCAAUGAAGAAUCAUCAAAGGAGGCAGAUGAUAGGCGUCGAAGAAUGGGAGGUCGUAUUGAAGCAAAAACACCUCAUUCACGUGUUGUUCAGCGUACUUCAAGGAGGCCAAUGUAUGCUGAAGCUUCCGAAGGUGAAGAAUAUGACGAGGGCCUUGAAGAACCUGAUCUCCAUACAUAUCCGAGAGUACACCGCUCUACAUAUGCGAGGGAUACAUACAAGGUGAGAGCUGAGAUCCCCACUUUUAAUGGAAAUGUUGAUAUUGAGGGGUGCCUUGAUUGGUUGUAUGAGGUGGAGACUUUCUUUGAGGUUAUGGAUAUUCCGGAAGAUCGUAGAGUUUCUUUGGUUGCAUACAAACUAAAAGGAGGAGCUGGUGCAUGGUGGCAUCGCCUUCAAAAAGAUCGCAGGCUAAGAGGAGAACCUCGUGCGAGAUCUUGGCGGCAGAUGAAGAAUCUUUCGAAAGGGAGAUUUUUGCCUGCAGAUUACGAUCAGAUUCUAUUUAUUCAGUUUCAGAAUUGUGCUCAAGGAAAUAGGACCGUUUCAGAAUACACGGAUGAGUUCCUAAGGCUACAAGUGAGGUGCCACCUUGGUGAAACUGAAGAUCAACAAGUUGCAAGAUACAUCAAUGGUCUCAAUGAUGCUAUCCAGGACCGUUUGAUGAUGCAGCAAAUUUGGUCCCUUGAUCAAGCACAAGCUCUAGCAUUAAAGGCAAAGAGAUUGGUAAAGGCAAGAAAGGCAAGUAAGGCUCCAUAUUCUCAUAUGGAAGACUCAUCUAGGAGUCACUCCCACGGAAUGGAAGAAGAGGCCACUCAACCCGGUGCAAAAGAAACUGUCCCAAAGCAAGCCGGAGGUAAGAGUAGGGCAAAGCCUGUGAUAAAAUGCUAUAAAUGUGGUGAAGAGGGACAUGUAUCUAGCAAUUGCCCAUUGAGGAAAUUUGUCAACACAACAAUCCAUGAUGGCAAAGAUGGCAAAGAAUAUGAAUCUGAAGAUGUAGAAGGACAAGAUAUUUGUGAAGAAGUGGGAGAAGAGGUGGUAUGCGUGAUUCAGCGCCCCUUGUGCUCAACACCGCAGCCCGACAACACACAACAAAAGAAAAUAUUUGAGAGCAAAUGCACGGUGAAUGGCAAGGUAUGCAAAUUAGUGAUUGAUGGUUGCAGCUGUGAAAACCUUAUCUCUCAGAAUUUGGUGAAUCAUUUAAAGCUUGAGACACAUGAUCAUCCAAACCCCUACACUAUUGGGUGGAUCAAGAAAGGAGUGAAUAUGAGGGUCACCAAACAAUGCAACCUGCCACUCUCUUUAGGCAAGCACUAUCACGCAAAUGUGUUAUGUGAUGUUGUUGAUAUGGAUGCCAGCCAUGUUCUUCUUGGGAGACCUUGGCAAUAUGAUGUGAAUACAACACACAAAGGGAAGGACAAUUCCUACUCUUUCACUUGGAACAAGCGGAAGAUCAUCAUUCUACCAAAUCAAUCAAAUCGUAAUAGCUCCAAGGAGAAGGAGAAAAGUGACCACAAACGAAGGCUAAAAUCAUUCCAUGUUGGUGAUAAGGUGAUGGUAUACCUCCGGAAAGAAGGACCGCCAUUAGACAUCAAAGAGAAACUUAGAUGGUGGAAAUACGGGCCCUUCUCUGUUCUAAGAUAAAUGAUAAUGCCUACAUGAUAGAUCUUCCAACUGAGAUGGGAAUAUCCAAC